AUGGGUUCCCCUGGUCCACGGGUGGGAGCUGCAAAAGGGGGUGCAGUUGUGCAUGGACCCGGCCUGCGCUUCCCAUGCGAGUGCAGGCUGCCACGGCUGCACUCCUGCCCUCAUGCACUUCGCAGCGUGACGAUGUCGUUGCACGAUCGCCUUUUGGAAGAUGCCAGGCAGGAUUUCAGGCAGGCGGAGAGAGAGAUGCAGAGGCAGAUGAGGCUGCUGGACCUGCACGUGCGGCAGCUCUGCGAGGAGCUGCCUGCGUCCUGCCCCCGCAGCCUGGCCUUGCACCCCUGCUGCCUGCACCAGCCCGGCCUCUGCCCCUGGGAGGGAAGGGCCCUCACCGCAAGGCUGGAUGUGGAGCGAGAACUGGGCAGCAUGCGAAGAAGUCUUAAUAGGAUGUUGGACUCUUCCCAUGAUCACAAGCUUUUGGCUUUGAUGGAUGUAGAGGGUUUUGACCCCAAUGAAGUCACCGUGACGGUGAAAGACGGGAAGGUGAAGGUGUUAGCAGAGCAUGAGGAGGAGCACACCACUGCAAGAGGGAAGGAGUAUAACUACAAAAACAUCAAGAAGGAAAUCAGCCUGCCGCCGGGGGUGAGCGAGGAUGAGGUGACCUGCUCACUGGGACCAAAUAAUGUCAUGAAGAUCGAAACGGCAGGCAAGUGCUACCCUUGUGCCCUGAGCCGCUGA